AUGAACAACGCACGUAAAUCAUUGCUAGGUCCAGAUGCGUUUGGAUUCGAUGCACAGAAUGGCGACCCACGGGUAAUAAUGGGAGAAAAAGGUAACGACCGUAACUUACCACAUCAACCAACAUUUGCAUCAACAAACAAACGCCAAGCAGAAGACGAUGGAGCGCAUAUUGAAUUGAUCACAGUGCCAGGCUUAGGCGCAGAGUAUACUGAAGAAGAAAUGCAAGAGAUGAAGAAAUCAGCUCGAAAAUCCAAUCGAAAGCAAAAGAUGAGAAAUUGCUGUGUUUCCACUUUCAGUUCAAAGAACAAUACCAUGCUACGAGAUGAAGAUGGCCAGAAAACGUUGAUUGGUCGCAUUCAACCUCGAGUGGCUGUUUUUGUUGCUUUUGGAUUUUGCAUAUGUUUGGGAGUGCUACUGUAUUUCGUCAUACCUCGUGUUCCGAGCUUUGCCGUUCAAAGUAGGACUCCUCUGACGGCCAUUCCAGAUGGCUCAAGUAUGGUGACCCAUCAUUCACCAACCAACUUCAGUAUGGAUAUGAGAGUCAACAUUCGAGCGGACAAUACGGCCAAUUGGCUAACAACAAAGAUUAGCAAGAUGGAAAUGGAUGUGACUGAUUUGAGUACUUUAAAGAAAGUAGGUCAAGGAAUCGAAACGGAUCUUUCGUUCCCUGCUCGUAAGAAGACUGUCUUUCCACUUUCAGCCCACUUUGCUUAUGCAAGUAUCAACGUUACUGGCGAUCAGACGUGGUCACAUUGGAUCAAUGCGUGUGGACCAAAGUAUGACAACACUCCAAGACAAUCUCUUAACCUGCAAUUUACCCUACGGAUGCAUAUCGCUGGCUUGAUCGGCGAAAAAGGAACUUCUGUGCAAUUAUCCGACAUUGAAUGUCCUUUCAUUUUGCAACCAGAGUGA